AUGAGGGAUCCCCGCGCAGCCAAGCGAAGAAGAGUCUCCGAAGAGCCAGCCCAUGAUGAGGACGGUGAUGUCGCCAUGGGAAGUGAAGGUGAUGAUGCCUACUCCGCGCCCUCAUCUCCUGAUGCUGAACCAGACUCCGAAGAGGACCAAGAAUACCGUGGCCCCCGAUCAAGACCAUCUCGACGACAAUCGACACGCCGAAAGAGUGUACAGGUACCUGAAGGGCUUGGCUUUGAUGAUGCAGACGAUGCGUCAGAUGUGGGGACGCCGAGGAGCACACGCGCAAGCGGACGGCAGCGCAAAGCGCCCCAGCGAUACGAAGGGGAUGGUCAGACACCCACUUCGACGCGGAGGGCAGCUGCUACACCUCGCAGUACUCGUGGAGCAAGAAGUGUCCAGAAGACGAGACAAGAAUCUGUAGAUGACGUCGACAUGGGCUUCGAUGAGAAAUCGCCCAAACCACUCGCGAGGACGAGAUCUAGACGAGCUGCCGCCAAACCGAAGUCAAAUGGUACAAAUGCUGGAUUUGUAAACGAGGACCAAUCAGACUCACCGGAGACAUAUAAUGACGGUCUUGAUGAUCUCGUCGCGAUGCAGCUCCAACAAGACUUGCAUCAAGAACAGCCUGAGGUGGAGGAGAGCGUGGAGAUGGCAGAGCCCCUUCCUGAGUACGUGGAAGCUCUACAGAAUAUUUGCCACCGGGGGCUUGAUAAAGAGGCCCGCAUUCUUACAAACUUUCUCCUGGAGAAGCUUGCUGGGAAGCGACAGAUUCCCCUCAAAGGACUCGAAAGCGAAUACGACAAAGUCAACCAUCUGCUUGAGCAGACAGUUACCGUUGGUGAAGGUAACUCAAUGCUCCUUCUAGGAUCACGAGGCUCUGGAAAGACAGCAAUGGUCGAAACGAUCAUUUCAUCUCUUGCGAAGGGUCAUGGGGAGGACUUUCAUGUUGUUCGUCUGAACGGCUUCCUCCAUACGGACGACCGUCUAGCUCUUCGAGAGAUGUGGCGUCAGCUUGGUCGUGAGACCAACACCGAGGACGACACUCUCAAGAUCAACUCUUAUGCGGACACAAUGGCAACUCUCUUGGCCUUGCUCUCCCACCCCGAGGAGCUAUUCGGGACUUCUUCAAACAAAAAUGGAGUGACGGCUGCCAAGUCUAUCAUUAUUAUUCUCGAUGAGUUCGACCUAUUCGUGACUCAUCCGCGACAGACAUUGCUCUACAACCUUUUUGAUAUUGCGCAGGCCCGAAAGGCGCCAAUUGCAGUGCUCGGGCUUACCACCAAAGUCGACGUGACUGAGAUGCUUGAGAAACGGGUCAAGAGUCGAUUCAGUCACCGAUAUGUAUAUGUUCCACUUCCUAGAACAUACGAAGUUUUCUCGGAAAUCUGCAUGGCAAGUCUGGAUCUCAAUGAGAACGAAACCCUACAACUUGCAGACGCACUUGGUUCUGAGCGUGCUGUCUUGGAAACGACAGGUUGGAAGACACUACUGGAUGGCUGGAAAGUAUAUUUGAAGCACAUGUGGGAGGACAAGGACUUCCAGUUCCACCUCAAACGGAUCUACCACCAGACCAAGUCCGUAAAGGACUUCCUGACGAGUGCACUGCUACCAAUUAGCGAUCUAAACCUCAGCACCCAAGCAGCCGACAAGCUCGCAAUGCAAAUCCCAAUCCCAAAGAGCUUCGCCUCGCAAUCCCUUUCCUGCUCUGACCCAGCACCCCUCCCAUUCUCCGCAUCAAUCACCUCCUCAUCGAGCCCUUCAUCAUUACCACUAGCCCUGCUCCUCGCCGCAACCCGCCUAGCAGCACUCUUCGACCCAGGACUCGAUGGUCCUCAAUCCCAAAGCGUGGCACCACUCGCACUGUCCUUCCCGGCAGCCUACGCCGAAUACGUGCGUCUGCUCACAUCUGCCAAAACAUCCGCUUCGGUAUCCGGUGCUGCAGCUACACCCGGCCGUGUUUGGGGCCGCGACGUGGCACGCGAGUCCUGGGAAAAAUUGGUUAACUGGGCACUUGUCACGCCAGUCGGCGGAGGAAACGGCACAGCUGAUGGACAGAUGUUCCGUGUGGAAAUCAGCUUCGAGGAGGUAGUUGAGAUGGCCGGUUCGGGCAUUUCUCUUGGCCAAUGGUGGAGAGACGGUUGA